AUGGACUCAUUCCGGGAUGUUUCGGUCCCCCAAAUCGUCACAAAGGGCCGCCAGACUUCAUGGCUUCGCAUGCUACUCAACAUUGCAGGCUGUUUGCUCUUUACUCCUGCUUACUGGACCCUUGCCAUCCACUGUCGUUACCCUGUCACUCUAGAUCUCAUCUUGACUAUCCUGCUCACUGAGCUGAACCGACUUGUCAAUGAAGGCCGAAGGCUUCAGUUUUAUGAAGAAGCUCCGGAGCCGAUGAUGGCUCCUGUGGAUGAGAAGUCUGAUGAUGGUUUUUUUGAUGAAAAGAAAGUAGGCUUUUCUGAGUCGCAGAUUGUGCCGCAGUCGAGGUUGGAUUGCAUGGCUGCGGUGGUGGGAUGGCGCGAGGAUCCCGCUUUGUUUACCAGGGCGUUGGAGAGUUACAAGAAUGCCAUGCACUGCAAGUUUAUCCUUGUUGGCAUUGACGGAGAUGACGUGCCUGACCAGGACAUGGUCGACGUCUUCAACAAUGUAUAUCCCAGCCAGUCAAAGGUUAUUCAUGUUCCCCAGCCUCUUGGUGAGGUGGCAGAGCAGUUCAUCACCAAGCAUGUUUCCAUCUGCAAGCAAAACGGCCAGUCCGUCAACAUGAGCGAGUGUUAUGAGAUUGCCAUUCGGCACUGCUUCCAGCUUGCACGAACCAUCCUCGAGCAAGAAAAGGUCGACCUCACCAGCGUGCGUCACAUAUGCCUCCGCCAACGCCACAUGCACAAGAAGGGCAUCAUGUUCACCACGUUCAUCUUUGCCCUCGUCAUCGCCGAUGUUCUUGGCAUUGAGUUCCUGUGGUCGUCCGAUUCGGACACGCUCGUGUUCCCCGGCUCCAUCCACAAGACGGUUGAUGCCAUUGCCUACGACCCUACCAUUGGCGGCGCCAGCUCCGGCCUCGUCGUCCACAACGGAUACGAGACGACUGUGACGAACCUCGCUGCCACCGUCUACUGGGGCGAGCUGUAUCUGACCCGUUCGAUGCCUGCCUUCACCGCCACGAGCGACUGCCAGAGCGGCCCCAGCACCGUAUUCCGCCUCGCCGCGAUGCCCGCCAUCCUGAUCCCCUGGUAUCUCCAGACGCUGAUGGGGAAGCGCAUGAUCAUCAACGAGGACCGCCACCUCACCACUAACCUCCUGAAGCGCGGCUGGGGUGUCGUGUUCGCUUCCGACGUCCUUACCGCCACUGAUACUCCCACGACGCUGGCGCGCUGGUUGAAGCAGCAAGUCCGGUGGGCGCGUGCCACGCAUAUUGAGUCGCUUCUGCAGCCCAAAGUCUACCUCAUCACGCAUCCUCUGCUCUUCUACAGCAUGAGCAAGCGCGAGUUUGGCCCCAUCAUCGCCUUUGUUGCUACCAUGUGGUACUUUUUCACGGGCGAGCGACUCAUCAUUGUCUUUAUCUCCGAUCUGCUUGUGCGUAUCGUGGCCAGCGCCUUGUACAACCUCUUCCGCAACCCGCACCGCUUGGAACGCGCCUCUCUCAAAUGGAUCGUCCCCGGCAUGUUCUUCUACCACCUGCCGCUGCCUGCCGUCCACGUCUGGAGUCUGUUUACCCUGACGGCUGAUGGUUGGGGCACAAGCAUGCGCAACAGCAGCGAAUUGGCGAAGAAGGACAGCAUCAGACAGGCCUGGUGGGAGACGGGCUUCUUUGUUGGCUGGAUGGGCGUCGUGGCUGGCUGCGUGGCGCGAUGGCUGGCGACGCACUAUGAGAUGCAGGAGAGGGAGAUUUUGGCGGCCAUGGUGGUGAGUUUUGCGGCUGCGGCGGCGGUGGCCUGGAGAUUUACCAUUCAUCAAACUUCAUGAUGAUGGCGAUGAUGAUAAUGGUGGAGGAUGAUGUUGAGUUGGAGAGUGAGAUUGCGGAAGGAUACGAACGAAGUACUAAUAGAUGGGGCGCAUGUGAUGCUACAUGAUGGAUAUAUGGAUAACGGGUAAUUGGACGCUUUCACGAGCGCCGGUAAUGACUUUUAUGUACACUAGAAGUAUUAAUAUCUUAGACAAGCAUGAUAGAAAAGCGAUGACAUUUUCUUGAU